GAAAGUAAUGAAAACAAAAGGAUAGUUAAAGUAAUGGAUACAAAUGUAGCUAGAAGUCAGGGAUUAACAGUUAAAAUAGCUAAAAUAAAUGGAUAAAUGGUUGAAAUAUUUGAAAGUAAUGGAUAUGAGAUAGACUGGUUAACGCUAGCUUAAAGUACUGAAGACAUCUUUCAAAAAGAGACUAAAGUAAACAGUGUGAACAGCUAGAUAGAUGUUUGACAUAUAUGGUGGUAUUAAUGAAGGAGUUCAUUUGACUGGAGGUAUGUCUGACAAAAAGGUCGGGAACCACAGAUCUAUUUGAUUAAAGAUUGGAAACUGAAUCGAUUUAACAAUAGUAAAAACACUCAGGCUCAGAUGUGUAGCUCACAUGAUAAAUGUGGACCAUUGUCUAUGCUUUUUUUUUUUUCUUUUUUCUUUCUGUGGAUCUUUGAAUCUUCCAGAGAGCACCUGUCCCCACUUCCUCGUUCCGAUGACUCCUGUUUGCUCCAUCCAUGAAAGAUUGGCUGGGAACAUCCUCUAUCCGAGAGGAAACCAAUGCUCUGUGAAAUUCACACCACUCGAACCAUUUUGGGAUCACCGACAAUAAGAGAUGAUGAAUGAGACAGGGCUUCGGAGGAUCCCCCCUGACCAGUCGUCAGGGAGUGGGCACACCUUUGGCACCGCACGCCACCCAAGCAUCAUUGACCCUAUUCUAUCCAAGCGAGUGUGCUUCUACAAAAGUGGAGAUGCUCAGUUCAAUGGUCUGCGUAUGGUCAUCAACAACCGUACCUUUAAAACCUUCGAUGCACUCCUAGACAGCCUGUCUAAAAAGGUUCCCCUGCCAUUCGGGGUGAGGAACAUCACCACCCCUCGUGGGGUUCAUGCAAUCUAUACUUUGGAUGAACUGGAGGAUGGGAAAUCCUACAUCUGUUCUGACAACCGUAAGGUAAAACCUAUCAACUUGGCGCUGGCCAGGAAGAAGCUGCCGCCCUGGUACCACGCCAGGCCUGCUAGCUCCCGUCGUCGGACUGUGCAGCAGGCCAGGUUUUUCCCUGGAAAGAACAUCCAUGGGCAGGAGCCGGUGGUUGUGCGCACACCAAAGAGGCUACUGGUUUUUCGCAAUGGAGACCCCUCAGUCAAACACACUGUGCUGCUUCAAAAGAGGACUACACCCACAUUUGAAUCUAUCCUGGAAUAUAUUUCAGAGCUGAUGCAGUUCCAUGUGGUGAAAUUACACACACCUGAUGGCAGACGUGUGGAUGGUCUCCCAGGCUUGAUAUUGUGCUCUGGGACUGUAGUGGCUGCAGGCCGGGAGCCUUUCCGGUCCGCAAACUACGAUGCACAGAAAUCACCAGCCCCAACACGGCUGUCUACCAACCGAACGGGUCUCAGAAGACUAAAGGCUUUAAACCGUAAAAAGAAGUCACUAUCAUAUUCAUCGAAGUCAAGAAACUUCUCCCCCUCAUCGGAGAGGUACAUUGUGAAUCGGAUUCAUAACUCCAUUGCGGAAAGUUCAUACGACGUACCCAGUAACCCCACCAACUCCAUUGAGUUGGAGUCAAGCCGUUUACUGGAGUCAGUCGCAGAAACGGAGGGUGACACCUGCCUUGGCGAUGGAGGUGAGGGACAGGGCUGUUUAAUGCCCACUGAAGAUGACAUUGAGAAGUCCUUUCGGGUGAACGAGGAUGGCAGCAUGACAGUGGAGAUGAAGGUGCGGUUGACAAUUAAGGAAGAGGAAACCGUCCAUUGGACCACCACCCUGACACGAUCCAGUGUAGCCAAUCAGCUUAAUGCGGCCUGUUUACCAGCGCCUGAGCCAGAGAAGGAGAUUUGCUCACCUAACUCAAACUCACUGGAUUUACAAAACUCAGUUGCCUCCAUUGACACCAUCAACAGGGACAAAACUACAGAUGACAACGAUGAGGAUCCACCAUCGCUGGGUAGCGGAGCUUUCAGUGAAAAUAGUAAUGAAGAGGAUAAUAUCAAAGUACAGACGAAUGUGGCGUCCCCUAGGAGAGCUCAAACCCCAGGACACAAGCAAAUUAGAAAAAAGCAAGCUUCUUUGGAGAACAUAAAAUCAGUGACAGCAGACGGGAUUCAAGAGGGUAUGGUUGGCUCUUACUCGUACAGAGAGCAAACAGAAAAUAGAGCCAUGACAGAGCAAUACUGCAUGGUCAAGCAGACUAGCACUAGACCAGUACCCAAACCCAGAAGACUUGGCUCUGUGGAUGCCAAAACUAUAAACAACAGAAAUAUAUCCACAUUCAAUUCAGCUAGCAGGACUGAAAUCCUGCAGACUGAAUCCGGCGAGGAGGAGGUCACUGAAACUGUCUUACACAUAUAUGAACAGCAGACCUGCCAGGAUAAUUUCCUUGCAAACUUUUAUGCACAUGAAGCAUCUACAUCUGGGAUAUAUUUUUCUAGGCCAGCUACUUCGGAAACAGGACAGCUCUCCUCCAGUAAUGAAUUCGAACCCGAGCUCUGGAGACCCUCGACAGCUUCUGAGUCCAUUAGCAUCUGGAGGGCUGAGAGCAUGUCAGUAACAUCUGAUUUAACCUUGCCGUCACUUAAGACCGGUGCAAUUCAAGCAACAAAUAGGCAGCAACAAUUCCCAAAGUCCACUAUUGGCAAAGAGAAGCCACAACAAAGAGAGGUUAAUAAAGACAAGAGGAUAUCCCCGAAACCCAAAGUGAUCAACAAACGCGUUCAUCGGCUUAUGACACCAGGCAAAAGGCGAAACAAAACUUCUGCAGAAGCAACUGAGAAACAUAAGAAAGUGAAAACUUUCUCCAGCGCUGGAUUCAUUAAGAGAAUUUAUGGGAAUAAAUCAAAAUCAGCAAAAAGCAUGAUGAAGCUUAAAAAGAGACCGACACAAGACGGGGAUGGGGGUGUUAGAACAAAGACCUCACAAUCAUUGGACGACACAAUAAAAGAACUAAACAUACCAUCACCACAAAAGAUAAAUAUAAGUGAGACAGUUUCUCCUGAAAUAAGCAGGCUGAAUGUUUCUCCCAUCGAGGUAAAGCAGCCACGGGGAAUAUUGGAACGUCAGACAUCAAUGCAUCAAGAGAAAAAGAAUAAAAAUGAGUCUUAUGAUGUCAGCGAAAGCAUGUCACUGCCUGCUUUUAACUCCUCCAGCUCUGUUACUAAUGAAUAUGUAGAGAACUGGCUGGAGAAAGCCCAUCUUAACCCCACUGCAGUUCUUCAUGUGAAAACAGAAAACGGUAUGUUCAGGGAGUCAGAAGAUAAUCAUGGGUUGAUCGCUGUUGCAGAGGAGGAAAAGUGUUGUGAGAAAUUAGAAAUGCAAACAUGUCAAACUUUCACAACUGACCCACUGCCUGAGAAUGUGCAAGGAACUUCAAUCAAACAGAGAAUCCAGUCCUUUGAAAACAAAUCAGGUCCAUCAGUGGAGAAAACUACAGUCACGCAGCAAAUUGCUCAUAGUCAUGCCAUCUCUACAAAUACAGACAACUGCAAUAGUUUUGCUCAGAAUAAGACAGAGGAAAUAAAACCCCACUCGAUUGGUAUCUCCUCUGAAAUAAAUCCACUAACUAAUACGGCCUCAACAGAAAUACCAUCAGGCAGUGAAGUGGAAAAUAAAUCAAGACCAAUCAAAAUCUCACUUCAAAAGGCAACACCUUACAAUACACUUUCAAUGGAACUACCACCUCCACCGUCACCAUCGCCACCACCUGCUGAAAGCCCUGUUGAAAAACCAGAGCUAUCAAAUGCUGAACAUUGCACGGUGGAUGUACCUUCAGUGGCCAGCAGCCCAUUAUACAGGCUCUCAUCAGUGAGCAGUCAAAAGUCAGAUAGUCAUCCAUUAUCAAUCAGUCCUACAUCUGACAUGGCCGAAUCACCAACUGACCACACAAUGGAAAUGACAACAUCAAGUCAGACUGACAUUCCUCUCUCACUGAGGGAAGCACAACUACCAAAAACUGUCAAAAGGGCCCCAUUGGUCAGUAAUAUAUCUCUUGAAAGGAAAAUGUCUCUCAGAAAGGCUUGUCUGGAUAAAUAUACUUUAUGUAGUGAAGCCACCAUAGAAACAAGCACAUCAUCUAUUCCCAUCAACACAGUGGCUGAUAAUGUGCAGCCAAACGACAUCUGUUCAACAGAGACACAACAUCCAAGCAAAACCCAACCAGAAGAGGCACAACAAUCGAUGUCAGAACUGAUGAGCAGUCAAUCAUGUUGUACUUCUGCGUCUCCAACUAGUGUAACAUCUGAAGAGAAAAUAUCCUCAAACAGUAUUUCUUCAAGUGAGACUCCAACACCAAGUAAUCACCCAUAUAUAGAGACAACACCAUCAACACCAUCAACUCAGGUAUCAUCACCUAAACCCUUGGUGAAAAAAGUAAAAAUCAUGAGCAGUCCGUCUCCAGAGAGGAACCCCCAAACAAAUAAUUUCUCCUCUGAACUUGCUAAUAACUCUCCAAAACUAACAUCAUUACAUAACCACCCUCUUGAUGAAACUAUGUCACCAAAUAUCGGAAGACGAAAACAGGAAACACCAAAUUCCAGCCCCUCUCCUGAGAUAAAGCAGAAGCUUAAUAAAUCCAAGCAAAAGAAACCCUCUCCAUAUUCUCAAACUCUGGACAUGGUGUCACCUCCUGUCAGACACAAGUCAAAUAGAAAGUUGCUCUCCGGAAACCUCUCCUCAGACAGUGCAUCAGAGUCUCCAACUAAGACACAAAGAAAAACGCCAUCCAAAAGUAAGCAUCACCAAACACAACAGCCAGUAAAAUCAACUGCUGAGCUGGACAAAACAUCAGAAACAUCUGAUCAGAGUGAUGACAAUAAGGUGAACGAGACAGAUGACCUUGCAAAAGCCUAUCAAGAUAAACCCAUGACAGACACACAAAUAAUGCCACAGCCAUUAAACAUCGCAAACCAGCCAAACAUGAAACCCGUGCUUCAGAAAAUUUGCUACUCAAUCAAGGCAAUUAGACAAAUCACACAGAACAAACGCCAAUCAUGUCUGGAAAAGUCCAACAGCUUGCCUGACUUCUCCUCUCAUGUGGCCACUACAUUUGGCUCAUCAUCUAAAGCUCUCCUUGCUUUCUUGUCCGUCAUGACUCUAAAGGAAGGUAUAACUAACCUAAAUAUGGAAGAGCUGAAUGUAAACAAUGUCAGUUGUGCCGAGGCUUUAAAAAUGAUCGAUUCCCUCAGAGAAAUCGCCAGCAUUGAAGAUUCCCAGAAGUUAAAAACUAGUUUGUCUGAUUUACAAAGGUCAGCUUCGAAACAGCUCCUGGAAAGUUGGAGGGGCUUUCAAGAAUUUAGUGACAAAUGCAAGAGUCGCAGCUCAACACCGAAUUAUUCGGAGAAAGAAUUUUCCGAACAAGACUGUGGCAUUGAGGAAAAUGUUAUUGAUGAGAUAAUGGGUGAACUAGACAUACCUGAGACACUUAAGGAGGAACUGGCUUCUCUUUCGGUGGAUAUCGGAAGUGAGAGUGACAAUGAGGAAAAGACAUCUUCCAGGAUUAUCGAAAAAGAGGAAUCGUCACCAGAUAAAAAUAGUGAUGCUGACAUACUCCAUCCCACAAAUGAGGCUGUUAAUGUCAAUAAUGAAACUCAAGAUGAGAAAGUUAAUGUCGAUGUGAGUUCCAUCAUUAAAAGAUUCACAGACAUUAGCCAGCUGAAACAAUCCAACUUAGAGAUAGCCAGUCAGAAAAUUAAAAAUGUGUCUGAUGAUUUAAAGCAGGUUCUAACUGACGAGGCAUCUAAAGACGACAACGAUGUGGCCAAAUGUCCGCCACCAGAUGAACAUAAUGAUAAACAGAUAUCUGAGGAAAGGCAGCUUCACAGUCAAGAAUCAUUUGCGAAAGAGAGCAGCGAGGACACGCAGACAUGUAAGGAUGUAGUGAAUGAAGAAAAUCAGGGGGCAGAAAAACAGCAGCAAGGCCACAAUGAAGACACAUCAAACCAAGAAAAGGAGAACAUGACUGGCACCGACAGUUGUAGCUCUGAAGUAGAGGAGCAAGAUACGGAGUGUGGGCAAAGUGAGGAAAGCAUACAUACUCCUGAGAAUGAGCUUACCUAUGAUGAUGAGUCAGGUUCAGAUGACGAACGGCAGAAGAUGUCAAGUGCCAAUAAAGAUUUAGAGCAGAAAGUGAGCUGUGAGGAAAGUGUAUCUGAAGCUGGUCAACAACAAAGCUCAGAAGAGGAGCCAGAAGUUGAAUGUGAGGAGAUGAAACAGGAGAGCAGGGACUUAUCCAACCCUGAAACUCACUUUGAACCAGCAAGCGCUGACUGCUAUGUGGAACUGCAUGCCAGCAGGAAGGGAAGCACCUCCAGCCCAAAUAGUGAAAAUCAGUCAUUGUCAGAGGAAGAGCAAUCAGAGGUUGAAUGUGAGGAACCGAGCAACAAUGAUGCCUUGUCUGACCCUGCAAACCCAGAGAGUGAAACAGGCUGUAUGGGACUGAAUGCCAGUGCUAACAAAAGCGUGUGUAACUCAGACGUGGAUGAGCCCUCUUCUUCAGAAGAAGAGCAGCCAGAGGUUGAAUGUGACAAGCUGAGCAACAAAGAUAUCUUGUCUAACCCCACAAAUCUGGCAAGUCAAACAGGCUGUAUUGGACUGAAUGCCAGUGCUGACGAAAGCACGUAUAAUUCAGACAUGGAUGAGCCAUCUCCUUUAGAGGAAGAGCAGCCAGAGGUCGAAUGUAAGGAACUAAAGGUUAUCGUUGAGGAAAGUUUGUCUGAACCUGAGGAAGAACAGGAGAGCACGGAGGAAGAAGAACACCUCAGUGAUCAGCGGGAUCAUGAGGAACAAAUGAAAAAGUGUGAAGAGUUAAACUCUUGGAGAGAAGAGACAGAGGAGGAAAAGGUUACCUCAGAAGAUGAGGACAUUUAUGCUGAUAAUACUGUAAAAGGAGAUUUAAGCAAUUUGAUAGAAAAUCAGGAUUCAUAUAUCAUUAAAGACAGUGAUAGCUUGAUAGAAGAAGAAAAGCAUUAUAGUUUUGAGGUAGAAGAGGACAGUGGCAAUGACCACAGCAGCUGUGAAGAACAUAUAGAAGUAGAGCAACCAAAAGUCAAAGACAAACAAAUCAGCAGCUCUACUGAGGAAGAAUUAAGCUGCUAUGACAAAGGGUCCAGCUCAGAGGAGGAACAUGUCAAUAUGGACAGACACAUAAAGGAGAGCUGUGCAGAACAUCAAGAAACUCCUGCAAUGGCAAAACCGCCUGAAGAUACAAACUGUGAAAAGGCUGUGGAAAAUCUCAAGCAUCAAUCUGAAGUCAUAAUAUCACAGUCGGUCGCAGAGAGGGUGAGUUUUCUGGAAAAGGUGGCUGCUGAUACCCAGAAGAGAAAAACUGUUACAGAAAGUUCCACCGUCACAUGUGUAUCACAAAAAAAUGUCCCUCUUGUGUCACAUAUUGAGGAAUUAUCCUCUGAAUCUCCCACAUCUCAGCCAGCUCUCAUCACCCAAUCAGCCCCUCAGUCAUCAUUAUCUUUCAGCUACGAUUGCGGUGGCGUUAUAACCACAGAGCCCGAGGGCAGCAGGGUGAAGUCAAUCAGAGAAAUGUUCCUGGCAAAGAGUUCCACAGAUACUCAGCCCGGGCAGAGACGUUUUCCGAGCCCGAACAGAUCAGAGCUGCCCGAGUUAAGAGCACAGACGUCAGCUAGUGGCGGCUAUCAGUCUCAGACUUCAAGCGAGCUGUCCAGUGGCGAGGAUGAUUCAUCGCGGACACCCAUCACUAAAGGCUUUGUGAGGAGAACAAUUGAAAGGCUUUAUGGCAAGAAGGAUGCUAAUAUUGAUGAGGUCUCAAGUGAAAGGCCUCCAUCUGCACCCAAGCAGAAAAAGAAAGAACAGUCAAGCAUUUUCUCUCCUUUCCACAUGGCCAAAACGAUGUCUGAGUUGUCUUACUUCAAUUCCACUAAUGCGUUAGACACCUUAACUGAAGCGACACGAUGCAUUGCUUUUAAUGCACAAGUCGGGCCUGGAGACAGUGUCCCUAUUGAUAAAGGAAGAUGGCUCUUAAACGAGAACACACUGAUGAGAAAGUCUGUUUCAGACCCAGUUGGAAUAAACAAAAACUGUCCCAAAAAUGAAGGAAUGUGUGAGGAUACAGAAGAGAGCACUCCAUAUUCCCUUUUCAGUACAAAGUCUGAACUGGAGGAGACAAAAAAGUCAUUUUCAAAAAAGUGUACCUACUUUUCUUUGCCCCACGCUAGUGACUCAGACGUGUGUCAGGAUGACCUGAGUACUGCGAGCAAAGGCAGCGUGAAUGGUGACAGUGUCACGGGGACAAAAGACAGUUCUGAGGACACCGCAACGUUGGCAGAGAGGAACGGCACACUGCCCGGUGUCGGUAUUAGCGACUUUAAGAUGAAAGAUAACAAAGUGCACCCACUGAUCGAGGUUCCGUCUGAUGGUGAGGUUGUAGCAGUGCAGCCUGGGAAAGGUCAGGGUGUUGUCAACAGAAGGAUUCAGGAGCCUGAUGUGUUGGACUUGCUGUACAAUUUUUGCGGUGAACACUGUCCCAUCCUGUGAGGACAUUUCAUUUAGCGUUAAAAAUAAAUCACACAAUCAUAAAUCAAGGACUAAGGACUUAAUAUGUCAAAAUACAUGUACAUUGCUGGGCUACAGUAUAUUAUCUUGUCUUUGGUGCCUACAUUUUAAUGUUGCCAUAGCUAUGGCAUAAUACACUAUCAUAUGUCAACUCAUUUGAUCUCACUGCUGAAUGUGUAACAAUGGUUAAACCCUUCUUCAACCUUGAUAUUUCACCAUGUGUGUUCAGAGCUUGUGAUGCAGUUCAUGCUCCAUGUUCAGUGUAAAAUUAGUGAACAUUAUUGAUUGUGUAUUUGCCACGCACACACUCCAGAGCAGCUGUUUCCUUUUAAAGGUUGCCUGUCAACAUAACAGGUACGCAGAGCAUUACUGUAAUCUUGUUUUAAAACUCUUAAAACAGAUCAAGUCCCCCGCAGAUGUCAACAAGGCAACAAGGCCAAUCCCCCACUGCACCGAGCAAACGGGUCAGUUCGUGGUCGCAGCUGCGGUGGUUCGGCCUUCAGAGUUCAGGUCAAAACGGUGCUGUUUCUUUUCUAAACAGCCACAAAACAACUGAAUUUGAAACAGGUUAUAUUAAGAUUGUAGAAAUUGUCAAUAAUUGAUAAGUGUGACAUUUGAUUUAAUAUUGUUUUGUAUAUUUAAAAGUGUCUAAAUUGUAAAUAUAAGUAAACAUAGCUGAAGACAUAUUUAAGAUAACCUGACCUUUAUAAAUAGGAUAAGGAGUUUUAUGGUUUACAAUGUGGCAGCUGUGACAACUUUGU